CUAGGUGGCAGCACUAAACCAUCAUGGCAGCUACAAAUUUUUUGCCUUGUUUUGCUGUUGUUGUAUGUUUUGUUUUGCUUGCAGAAAAACGGACAUUAGCUGACGCCCCCACCUCACUGCGGCUAGUACAGCUGCUCUACCGUCACGGUGACCGCAGUCCGGUCUAUAGAGUGCCAAUUAAAACUGACGUGCACACAGAGGCAGACUGGCCCCAGGGAUGGGGUCAGCUAACUACAGAAGGCAUGAUCCAACACUACAAACUGGGACGCUGGCUCCGCAGACGCUACGACGGCUUUCUGAGCAGCUCUUACGUUCGCAAAGAGAUUCACGUCCGAAGCACGGACUACGAUCGCACGCUCAUGAGCGCGCAGUGCAACCUGGCGGGUCUCUACGAACCGACGGGAGCGCAGCGGUGGGACCCCGACAUACGCUGGCAGCCGAUCCCGGUGCACACCGAGUCCGAAGACUACCUGCUGAUGCACAACGCGCCGUGCCCGCGAUACGACGCGCUGGCAUACAAAUCAUUCCACACGCCCGAGUUUCUGAAAAUCGUCAAGGAGAAUCAGGACUUCCUGGACCAGCUAUCGCAGUGGGCGGGAGGAGCGCACGCGGACAUCAGUGCCGCAAAGUCGAUAUACGACACGCUGUUCUGCGAGCGGGCUCACAACAUGUCGUCGCCGGCAUGGCUCACCGACGACGUGUACGACAGACUGCACGCGCUGCAGAACGCCGCCCUCAUGGUGAAAUUCGGCUACAAGGAGAUGCUCCGGCUCUUGUCCGGCACGCUGCUCGGAGAAUUCAUCGCCCACAUGAAGGCCAAGGCCGGCGCCGCGGACGCGCCGAAGUUCGCGGACGGGAUCGACGAAAAGCUGUUUGUCUACUCGGCGCACGACUCCACCGUCGCUCCGUUCCUUGGCGUCAUGGGCGUGUUCAACGGCGAAAACCCGCCGUACACGGCGACGGCGAUCGUCGAGCUGCACGAGUUCGCUGAGGGCGAGUUCUCGGUGAAGGUGCUCUACAGGAACGCGACGACGACGACGCAGACGCGCGACGACGACGACGACCUGCACGACCUCACCGCGCUGCUGCCGGGCUGCGCUGACCCGUGUCCGCUCGCGAGAUUCGCUGAGAUCUUCGUGGAUAUGGUCCCGGUCGACGUGAGGAAGGAGUGUGGGGGGGACGAGACGCCGAUCGCGACACGCGACGACGGAUGGAAUACGCUUAGCGUCGCGAUCAUAUCUGCUGUGAUGUUUGUUUUAGGGGCCAUUGUCAUCGGGAUUUGCACGUGUCUGGGGCGCUCCCGCCGACACACAAGCAACUACCGGAAAUUACGCAGGUUCGACGAAGAGCUGGCCAACGGUAAUGCAAUAAAUCUAGAUGGUGAAGAAGAUGGAGACCUUUGAUGAUAAGAAUUUUUUCCAAGUGUAAUAAUAUGAAUUUUGUUAAUAACACUAAAUAUUUUUUUUUUAAGUAGUCAAUGUAAGGGCAAGAGAGAAAUAUAUAUAUUAUAUCUAUUAAUAGCUAUAUUUGCAUGAUAUAAUUUUUACUGGUCCAAGCAUAUUAGAAAUAAUGACGAACCCGACUGCUAGUGCUGCCUUCCUGUGGUGAUACAGACUAUCUUGUUUGAGUUUACAUUCACAUGCUUUUAAGCAGAAACUUGUGAUUUCUUACCCCUACUAUUAUUCAAGUGUAAAAAUUAAUAGUUAUAAUAUUUAACAGUAAUCAUUCCAUUUAGAUAUCAAACAGUUAAAAUUGUUAGGUAAAACAAGCAAGGGCCAAUUAAAUUUAAACUAAUGCUGAACAUGAAUAUUUUUGUAUUUAAAGAAUAACAGUAAUAUAAUUACUAUAACAAGAGUAAUUGCUAUUUUAUUUUCUAUUAUAGAUAUUAAAUAUCUACUCGAGCUUCAAUAUCAGGAAGCUUUCAUGGGAUACACUAUAAAAUUAAUAUUUUUUUCUAAAUAACUUGUGUAAAAUGUAUUGGUUUUUUCCCAUGUAUAUGUAAACUACUUCUAACAUUCAAUAAAUAUGGUUUGAAACGUCAUCACU